UAUAGUGCACCCGAAUGUAGGAAAUCAUAUCUACAAACAAUUAGGUCGUGCUUACACCUCUUAUAUAAACCCCCUUACCACCAUCCGAUUCGUCCCGAACCUUGAACUCUCGCUUCUCAGUCGAAUUCAAAAUCAAAACAUAAAAAAUGGCUCUACCAAGUCAGCAGACCGUUGAUUAUCCAAGCUUCAAGCUUGUUAUCGUCGGCGAUGGUGGAACUGGAAAGACUACCUUUGUGAAAAGGCAUCUCACUGGGGAGUUUGAGAAGAAAUACGAGCCAACCAUUGGUGUUGAAGUUCAUCCCUUGGAUUUCUUUACCAACUGUGGAAAAAUACGGUUCUACUGCUGGGAUACCGCUGGGCAAGAGAAGUUUGGUGGCCUUAGAGAUGGCUAUUACAUCCAUGGACAAUGUGCUAUUAUCAUGUUUGAUGUUACUGCCCGAUUGACAUAUAAGAAUGUUCCAACAUGGCAUCGUGAUCUCUGCAGGGUGUGUGAAAACAUCCCAAUUGUUCUUUGUGGGAACAAGGUUGAUGUGAAGAACAGGCAGGUAAAAGCAAAGCAGGUUACUUUCCACAGAAAGAAGAAUCUGCAAUACUAUGAGAUCUCUGCGAAGAGCAAUUACAACUUUGAGAAGCCUUUCUUGUACCUUGCUAGAAAACUCGCUGGGGAUCCUAAUUUGCAUUUUGUGGAGUCUCCUGCACUAGCUCCCCCAGAGGUGCAGAUUGAUUUGGCUGCUCAGCAACAGCACGAGGCCGAGCUUGCUGCUGCUGCUAGUCAACCUCUCCCAGAUGAUGAUGAUGAUGCAUUUGAGUAAAAGAAAAAUCAAUGAUCUGUUUGAUAGUUGGAGUGAAGGGCUCAAGUUAUAUAGAUUGUUUGAGGAACUGCUGUCUUUUUGACAUGAGUUUUGGAUUGAAUUAUUCCUGGCGUCUUGUUGAUGUGUUUUCAGUCAUUGCCUACUUAUGUCAGUGUUAUUUGCCUUACUGGUAUGGUGCUUGUUGCACUGUGUUACUUUUCAGGUAGCCAUCCAAUUUUCUGUAGGAUUUUUAAGUGUUGCUCCAUUUCCCAUCCUAUUCUAUCAUUGUGAUUAUUAUUGGUAUUAUUAUUGUGUUGAUAGUUGAA